UGUUGGUGGAAAAUGCCAUAACAUGAUGAUCCAUGGGAAAGGGUGCAGUUUGCUACGAUAAGGAAGGAAAGCAGACUUGCAUACACAUAAAAGCAGACAAAAAUGGCAGACGAUGAAAAAUUACCGUCCGGAUGGGAAAAGCGAAUGAGUCGCAGUUCAGGCAGGGUGUACUACUUCAACCACAUCACUAAUGCCAGCCAAUGGGAGCGGCCGGUUGGCUCCGGCGACGGGCGAGGGGACCCCGACAAAGUGCGCUGCUCUCACCUGCUGGUGAAACACAACCAGUCACGGCGGCCGUCGUCAUGGCGUGAGGAGAACAUCACCCGGAGCAAGGAAGAUGCCCUGGAUCUCAUUCAGAAGUACAUCGAGAAGAUCAAGUCCGGUGAGGAGAAGUUUGAGAACCUGGCCUCCCAGUUCAGUGACUGCAGCUCUGCCCGAAAUGGAGGAGAUCUGGGCUUAUUCGGUCGAGGUCAGAUGCAGAAGCCGUUUGAGGAUGCCUCGUUCGCUCUGAAAGUAGGGGACAUGAGCGGUCCUGUGUUCACUGAUUCUGGAGUUCACAUCAUCCUUCGGACUGGUUGAGGUCGUACUGGUGGGGUGGGAAUUGGGGGAACCCCCCCCCUGUCUCCUCCAGGCACAAUCCAACUCCUCUAACCUCUCCACAAAAGGAUUGAACACAACACACACAAAUAUAUAUACAUACAGAUCUACAUGAAUGAAUGCACUGCAUUGUCCUUCCCCUUUAAAAAAAAGGAAGAAUCCAUCUGUCAUGACUGUUUCCAAUGGUGGACCAGGCUGUGUCCCUCCGCAUCCUUCUUCUUGCCUUAUGAGUCCCAAAGCUGAUCUUAGCUCAUGUCAUCACAUCAAAUAAAAACUUUUUCCAAA